CGCUCGCUGCUAGUCGGUGCGAUGCGACGUCGCGUCGGGUUCUGCGCUAGUUUGUUUUGUUAAUGUAUAAACGCAGUCUUUCUUAGUAUAAAAAUAGUAUUCGGAAUUUAAAAUUCAUAUCCAUAUUCUAUUUUUAUUUUAUCUGUUCUCAGUAAAUCUUAUUCCAAUUAUGAAAUAAUACAAGCGGAGUUUUGUUUUUGUUUUUCUUCUGUUAAUUCCACCUGUUUCACGGUUCGUAUUGCUCGUUUUGGCGUUUUUGCAGUGUUCAUUUCGUCGUUCGAUCGAUCAAGAUCAGUAAUUCUGGAAGCUGCAACUGAUAGACUGAUGCCCUCACAUCCAAUCAAAUAAUCGAAAAUGUCACACCACUUGGUAACGGUCUGCAUGUUCUGCCUGUUGUGCGCGGCCCACACGUGCGGCUCACACGUGGACGUCCAGGGCGACGGCAUACUCUCGUUCGACCCUCGCGCUGAUACCGCCGAACACAUAUCGCAUCUAGAAGAGAAAAGAAGAAUAGAUUCUGCUGCACGGUACCACCAUAGACUGCAGAAGAUACGCCACAAAGACAGGCCCAAGAGGGAGAUAAAAAACUUGGAUCCUGAAGCGUACGCGGAGCAGAUUAUCAGGCAGUAUGGUGAUGCGAACACUAUGACGCUGAAUCUGACAGGAUUCCACCAGAUGCUGAAAGUGUUGAACCUGGAUACGUUCGCGGAGGGUGGGGAAAAGAGUCAGAACAAACAGUCUGAUAAAGAUGUUGUUAAUUGUGUAAGCAUGUCAGAAGUGAUCACAACAGUGAACACGAGGUUAAAACCUCACGAGCACGAGCACGAACAUGGCCACGGUCACGAGGACCACAGCCACCAACACGACGACACGUUAGUGUCGCAGAAGACACUACAAUCCAUCUGUCCCAUUCUAUUAUACCAGCAACUAGCUGACACCUCAAUGGAAAGAAACGGCUGUGUGAAAGAGACAAAUAUACCUAUCAAAAGAGAAACCACGGCUGUCAAACCAAAGGAGAAGAACGCCUACACGAAGAAUAUGUUUGCCGUGUGGCUGUACUCUUCUCUUAGUAUAUUAGCAAUAAGCGCGUGCGGUCUUUUCGGAGUUGCAGUCAUCCCUAUCAUGCACAAGACUUACUACAAUCAUCUCCUGCAGUUCUUAGUAGCUCUGGCGGUGGGCACGCUCUGCGGUGACGCUCUGCUGCAUCUAAUGCCUCACGCCAUGGCGCCUGAUCAUUUUCAUGGCCCCGAUGGCACUCUUAUUGUGGCAUACAACCACGACGAUGGCAUGUGGAAGGGACUCGCGGCCAUGUUGGGUGUGGUCUUCUUUUAUUUCACAGAGAAGGGACUGACAGUGGUCGUCGAGUGGAGGAAAAGGAGGCAGAAGUUGGAAGAAGACAAACUGCCCUCAAGGGUGCGAGUUCUGAAAGACGAGACGGUUGGAGGUUGCUCUGGAGGCGCGAAGGCUCCAAUUACGAAUUCAACUUCGAACUCCAUCAUGAAAAUAUUUAAGAGAGACGAGAAGGGCGAUCCCACGACGAAAACGUGCAAGCACAAAUACUCAGAGUACCCUUACUGCUACGAUGAGAUCGACACGGACACGCAUGACGAUCAUCAUCUCAGGGACGGCAUCCCUCCUAGUCCGAAAGCUAAGCACAACUCUGUGAGCGUGGUGUCCUCCAACGCGCUCAAUACAGAGGGCAAGGAGGAGCCCACGGCGAAGGACUGGCUGCUGAAGGCGGAGUCCACGCCCGCUGUGGUGGAGAUGAAUAAUAUUAAGCAUAAGGAAGACGGUGCUAAAGACUUAAAGGAUGGCGAUAGUUAUACGGUUAUUUUAAGGGAACACUCGCGCGCGCACCACGGCCACUCGCACGCGCACGGGCACGUGCACGCGCCGCCCUCCUCCAUCUCGUCGGUCGCGUGGAUGGUCAUCAUGGGCGACGGUCUGCACAACUUCACCGACGGCAUGGCUAUUGGAGCUGCAUUCGCCUCCAACAUCGCUGGAGGGUUCUCCACGGCCAUCGCCGUCCUUUGCCACGAGCUGCCUCAUGAAUUGGGCGACUUCGCGGUGCUGCUGAAGGCGGGCAUGUCGGUGCGGCGCGCCGUGUGCUACAACGUGCUGUCGUCGGCGCUGUGCCUGGCGGGCAUGGUGUGCGGCGUGCUGGCGGGCCACGCGCCCGACGCCACGCGCUGGCUGUUCGCCGUCGCCGCCGGCACCUUCCUCUACAUCGCGCUCGUUGAUAUGAUGCCUGAGUUGAGCACUUCACAUAGCAAUGAAGGCACGCUGUGUCAGUGUAUACUGCAGCUGAUGGGCCUCGCGUCGGGCAUCGGCAUCAUGCUGGUCAUAGCGCUCUACGAGGAGGACCUCAAGACCUUGUUCGGUUAGUGUGUGUGCCGCGGACUAGUGACGCGCUUGUGAGUGACGAUUGACGCUGAAGUCAUGCGGCUGUCUGUAUGACGCGUGUCAAAGUGACAGCUGUCAAACUCAGGACAUUCUUAAUUCAAAAUAUAUUUUGCAAAACAUUACAGAUUGAUAAAUGUUCAAAAACUUUUUCUGUAAACCAAACUGCCGAUUGGUUUGGCAGCUGUCACAUUGACACAUGUCACUCUGACAGCCACCAUGACGCGCGACGCGUGUCUAUAAAGUAAUGGUGGUCCCACACGACGGGAUCGUGAAAAUGUGUCUUAGCCGUUGUUUUAGUAAUUAGAUGAACGCUCAAACGCCUAACAAGUUUUCAACAGACAGAUAUGAAUGUAUUAGUGUAUUAUAAGCUAUAAUAAAACUAUAAUUUUAUUUCUCGAAUAUUUCUCUUUUUGUACACCCAAUUUUGGCUUUGGAAAAAUAAUGACAGUAAAAAAAAUUAAGAGUGAUUAAUCUCUGUCAAUUAGCGAACUCACAACGAAGUGCAGUUUUUUAUUGUCUAUAUUUUUUCAAAAACCGUUUGAAAUUCUAAUCUAUACAUAGACCAUUAUUUAUUUAUGACACCUAUUCCUGCUAUCCUUAACAGUGUCAAAUCGUAUUUAUUGUAACAUCUUGACACUCAAACUCUGACAGCAGUAUUAGUUCCAAUCACACAAGUCGUAGAGGGCGUGACAAUCGUCAGACAGCGGCUAGCAUCAUAGCCCGAAGCCCUAAUACACACCUUCGUAAUCCCUAUUUCUUUCCUUAUAGGGAUUCAGUGCGCUCACGAUUCCAUUAGUAUUAUAAAUGAAUAUUGAAAUGAUUUGCUAGCAUAACAACCUGCAUUCACCAUAUAAUUGCAGAAUAUUUCCAAUCUAAAACUAACACAAUAAAGUCUAUGUAUAGAUUAUUUUCUUUGAUUUUCUUGAACUGCCAAAAGUAUUUAUUUAUAAAAUGUAAAUAAAAUAGUAUCGUAACCGCGACUAGCACCCGAGCGCGGCGCUCCUCGUGUUAAGACUUUUGAUCAAAUUGCCGUCGGUUUCAUACAUUUCAUAUGUAGACACUACUUCAAUAUCUUUCUUACAAGUAUCGGAGGCUUGAUGCCGAAGGUGCUAGGUCGAAAAUGUUUAUUUUUGGGUUGAACUGUUCAAAUAUAUAGCGAAUAUAAACAUCACACUUAAUAAGAUAUAGAUGGAUGUUAGUAAUAUAUUGCAUUUUGAUAAUAUGAAACAUAAAUUUGCAUUUGCAAAUGUACCUGAUGAAAUUUAGGAAUUUUUAAGCAAUAAUCUAGACAUUCUUAUUUAAAGAAAUUAGAGAUAAUUCAAGUAUAUUAGAUACGUCUGUAUUAAAUUCGUUAUUACUAAGUAAACGAAAAAAAUGGCGCCAUUCUUUACUUAUCGUUUACCACGUUUCCUUUGCGCCUAAAAAAAUUUAGCAUUUUUUACAAAUCAAAUAUAUACAACUUGACUUAGCACGUUUGUGCACCAGGCCGCCGAUGUUUUUGGCUGUAUAAAUAUUUUUACAUACAUUAUUAUUCGCUGUGAAAUUAGAAAGUAGAUUUUGUAAUAUUUCUAUAUCAACUUACUGUAUUAUGUACUUUGAAUGGAUUGGUGCGGCGGCGAACUUUGGGGGCGACGCGGUUGUUGUUUACACUCCGUUACCAUGGCAACCUGAUGUCCAACACUAGCCCCAGACACUGAGAAUUAUUGUUACGCUGAUGAGCAUACAAUAUUGGACUCUAAUACAAUAUUAAUAUAGUUACCUAUUACUUGUCAUAAGAAAUCUUUAGUUGUAAUCUGCUUGUAAUUAUGUGAAAAAUAGUAUAAAAAUUGCGGUAUACCUCCAAGGAAUAUCUGAUCAUGCUCAUCAGUGUAAGAAGUCUUUGUUUAUCCAUAAUUCAGAAAAUAAAAACACGUGAAAGUCUUCAAAAAACUAUUAAACAUCAGUUAGAAAAUCUAAUGAAAGAGUGUAAAUAAGAGAAAAAUGGACUGCGUGGCCUCCCAUUCAAUUUGUUCCUAUUUAUACUUAUAAAUCGUUACUUACAUACUACUUAUGUUUUUAUCGAUAUCGAUAGAGCAAACAUCGAUAAUAGAUUUACCAUCGCCCUAAGAUUAUUUCCGAUUAAAGCAAAAACCUUGUAAGUGCACAUGAUGUCUAUUUUUAUUAUUAAAACAAUAAAUACAAUAAUUCCAACGCUAAUACCUCCUAGAUUAAUUAAAUAAAUACUAUAUCUUUUCAGCUGCUCCGUUUUAUUUAAUUAGAUUCAAUAAAUUGUAUAUCAGUCAAGAUCCAUGUUAACACUUUAUAUAAUAAUCUCUGAAUGUAUUUAGGUGUUAUCAGAUAAUUCUAAUAUAUUUUAUUAGUGAUGUAUGCUUUAUCAAUGUGAAUGGAAUGUCCAAACUAUAUUUAAAGGUGCAUGUUUUAUGAUUUAAACCCAUUACAAGGCACCAUAGAUUUAACUGGAACACAGCUUAGAUUUUCUAUGCAUUCUAAAUUUACUGAACUUCGAGUGUUAAAUCUCUGGGCUUCUCUCAUUAUUGUCACUAAUUCAGUUUUAUGCAUUUUAUACAGCAUAUCCUAAAAGAAAAGUAUAACAAUACAGGGGUGUUUUAUCAUUUUGAUUUUUUUCCUGAAAUUACUGGGUGUUUUCGGACUUUACAUCUGAGAUCUUGAGAUAACAAAUGCACUGUAUUACCACUUAGGAAAUAUGGUCUCAAAUGUCUGGGUAAUGAUUUUAUCUCAAAUGUCUGGGUAAUGUUACCAUAAGAAGUUGACAUGCUUCUCUCAUAAUUAGCUGUAAUAAAUCUUUCAAUUGGGAUAUUCUGUAUAAAGUUAUGAUCUUAUUUAUUGCAGUCUAUCGGUCCAGUAAGGGCUUACCAGUAGGUCAGAACAAAAAGUUACUAAUGCUUUAGCCACAUACAGCAAAGUAAAAUGCGUUUUAUAUUAUUAUUUCCAACUUAUUGGCUGCGACAGUUUCAAUUACGUCCAUAUAAAAAAUUAUCGAUAUUUUUUGCGACAAUGUUCUGGAUUUUUCUGUCUGUGGCUAAUCCUUGAAAUGAAAUGCCAAAAUGAAUGUAAUGACAUGAUGUAUACUUAACUGCGUUUUUAGUUUUAUGUUUAUUUUAAAGAAUUAUUUAAAUAGUUGAAUUAUUCGAAUCAUCGUGUAAAAGCUGUAGGAAAAUUUUAUGUUAUAGGUAUGAGUUGUCACAAAAAUAAUGUACUUAAUGCAAACUUGCGAUUGGAUUUGGACGAGUAUAGUUCGUUUUUUCUAACGUUACUGCGACAUGGUCAAAAUCAUCAGAGUGAAAUAAUGAAAAUUUAAAAUUGUUUAAAAAUUUGAUGAAAAUCAAAGAAAAUCUAAUAUAUGUUUAAGUUUAGGAAAAGCGAAUUGCAUGUGACUUCUCUCUAUUGAAUGCUGUACAAUGUAUCCGAAACAUCGCCUGUUUUAAUCGAUUUGUAAUAGAAUCGAUUUCUGAUUUCAAUUGUUACAAGUCGAUUAAUUGUCUGUAUUUCAUUGUUCUGUACUAAAUACUUGAUAAAACAAUUUGAUUUUGUACUAUUUUAUCAUAGUUCAGGUAAUACUGGAAAGAUGCGCCGUAUCUGAACGAGAUUUCAAAAGAAUCUCUAUUUCCAUCCUAUGAAAAUUUUAUGUCCGCGAAUUUUUCAAAAUCGCUUUUUAAUAAAUUUAUAAUAAUUCUUUAGAGAGAGCGUAGUUAAAAUCCGGUCACUAUUUGUCAAAGGUAUUUCAUAAUCUUCCUCCUGUCAUUUUCCACACAAAAAUGGCGACCCAUGUUACAUGAACUAAUUUCGUUACGAUGUAUUUGAAAUGUAAUUUUAUUUUUAUUAUUGGUGCAUUUAAUACGCUUAUGGCGUAACAUCUUGCUACCAUUAAGCUAUAGUUUAUUUUAAGUUAAUUUUAAGCAUAUUGUGGACUAUAAUCGAGUGAUAUGUCGCGACCUGACGGCCGCGGCUUGUGAUACGGACAUAAUGACCUUAUAUAAACAUUUUUAAUGAGUCACUUUCCUUACAACCUAUUUUAGAGUGAGACAACAUAAUUUAGUUAAACUGAUUAAAAAUGUUUAUUGAAGGGGAAUGUCAUCGUGAGAUGAUUAAAUCAUGACGACCAUUCGUUGACAUA